AGGCAGCACUCAUAUAUGGCACUGUUAAGCGGCAUUGACUGGCACUGAUAGGCGGCACUGAUAGGUGGCACUGACUGGCACUAAUGGGUGACACAAAGGCAGCCCAGAUGGGCACUGAUAUUAGGCACUGAUAUGUGGCAUUGAUGUGGUACUACUGACAGCUGGCACUGAUGGACACUGACAGGUGGCACUGCUGGGGCUACACUGAUGAUCAGGGCACACUGAUCAUCAGUGCCCUAAUGAUCAGUGCACAUGUCCCCUCUGAGGGACGCCGACUACCAGCUCUG